AUGACAUCAGCAACGACUUUCUACGAUUUUGAAACCCCCGACAAGAAAGGCGAACCUUUCACCCUCUCCUCCCUCCAAGGCAAAGUCGUCCUCGUCGUCAACACCGCCUCGAAAUGCGGAUUCACUCCACAAUUCAAAUCCCUAGAAGCACUUCAUCAAAAGAUCACCGCUGCGCACCCAGAUAAAUUCACCGUCCUUGGUUUUCCUUGCAACCAGUUCGGCUCUCAGGAUCCUGGAACCAACGAUGAAAUUCAGACUUUCUGCCAGACCAACUACGGAGUGACGUUUCCCGUCUUGGGCAAAGUUGAUGUCAAUGGCGAUAGGGCAUCGCCGGUGUUUGACUGGAUGAAGAAGGAGAUGCCAGGGCUGAUGGGGCUCAAACGCGUGAAGUGGAAUUUUGAGAAGUUUUUGAUAAGUGCGGACGGAAAGGUUGUUGGGAGAUGGGCUAGUACCACGAAGCCAGAGUCCUUGGAGGGCCAGAUCGUGAAGGAGAUUGAAAAGGCAGAAAAGACUGGUAAGACGUCGUCGUUGUAA